CCGCGAAGGACCCCUUCUUCCCGGCUUCGUGUCGCCGCCUUCUGGAAGCUUCGCGUGGGCAGUGGACCGUUAGGGAGAGGCCAGUCCCGUUGAGGGGGAAGGAGCAUCCGUCUCCAUCCGAGGCUUCCGAGGGGCAUCGGCGCGCAGCCAUGCCGGAGAACGUGAGCGCCAAGGGUGGGUUCGCGGGGAAUGGCGCGGGGAACCGCAGAGGAGGGAUCCGGGGCUCCUACCAGGACCGGGAUAAGCCCGCGCAGAUCCGCUUCAGCAACAUCGCGGCCGGCAAAGCUGUUGCAGAUGCUGUCAGGACAAGUCUUGGACCGAAAGGAAUGGAUAAAAUGAUCCAAGAUGCCAAAGGGGACGUGAUGAUCACAAACGACGGGGCCACAAUCCUAAAGCAGAUGCAGGUUCUUCAUCCCGCAGCCAAAAUGCUGGUGGAGUUAUCCAAAGCGCAAGAUAUCGAAGCCGGAGAUGGCACCACUUCCGUGGUUGUCAUUGCUGGGGCCCUCUUGGAUGCUUGUUCCAGGCUCCUUCAGAAAGGAAUUCAUCCCACCAUCAUUUCCGAGUCGUUCCAGAAGGCCUUGGACAAAGGCGUUGAAGUCUUGAUGGGUAUGGGGCAGCCUGUCGAACUGAGUGACAGAGAGACCCUUCUGAACAGCGCCACCACCGCUCUGAGCUCAAAGGUGGUUGCACAGUAUUCCAGUCUGCUUUCUCCCAUGAGCGUGGAGGCUGUGAUGAAGGUAAUCGAUCCGGCUACGGCCAGCAGCGUGGAUCUCAGAGACAUCAAAAUUGUGGGGACAAUUGAUGACUGCGAAUUAGUUGAAGGACUUGUCCUCACGCAGAAGUUAGCCAACACCGGCGUAACCCGAGUAGAGAAAGCCAAGAUAGGCCUCAUUCAGUUUUGCUUGUCCGCUCCAAAGACAGACAUGGACAACCAGAUUGUCGUUUCUGACUACACGCAAAUGGACAGGGUCUUGCGUGAAGAGCGAGCCUACAUCCUGAAUCUCGUGAAGCAGAUUAAGAAGAGCGGCUGCAACGUGCUUCUUAUCCAGAAAUCCAUCCUCCGGGAUGCGCUGAGUGACCUCGCUCUGCACUUUCUGAACAAAAUGAAGAUCAUGGUGGUUAAAGACAUCGAGAGAGAAGACAUUGAGUUUAUAUGCAAGACUAUUGGAACAAAGCCAGUGGCUCAUAUUGAUCAGUUCACCAGCGAGAUGCUCGGCUCUGCUGAACUGGCUGAAGAGGUCAAUUUAAAUGGCUCUGGGAAGCUGGUAAAGGUGACGGGUUGCGCCAGCCCCGGCAAAACUGUAACCAUUGUGGUGCGCGGCUCCAACAAACUCGUGAUCGAAGAGGCGGAACGUUCCAUUCACGACGCCUUGUGCGUCGUUCGCUGUUUGGUGAAGAAAAGGGCCUUGAUCGCAGGCGGUGGGGCGCCGGAGAUCGAGUUGGCGUUGCGGUUGAACGAGUACUCCCGCAUCUUGAGCGGCAUGGAAUCGUACUGCGUCCGGGCUUACGGGGAGGCCCUGGAAAUUAUUCCGUCCACCCUGGCAGAAAAUGCAGGCUUGAACCCCAUUACUACUGUGACCGAGCUGAGAAACAGGCAUGCCCAAGGGGAGAGAACUGCGGGCAUUAAUGUUAGAAAGGGUGGGAUUUCCAAUAUCCUGGAAGAGUUGGUGGUGCAGCCCUUGUUGGUGUCUAUCAGCGCCCUGACCCUGGCUACAGAAACUGUCCGCAGCAUUCUUAAGAUUGACGAUGUGGUAAACACUCGAUAAGGUGACGGAAGGAUAAGGCUUCUCAGCCCACUAACUCCUCGGAUAGGACCUAGGGCUGUGUUGGACAUCCACUUAACUUCCACCCAAGUUAAUGUACCUUUUGUCAAUUUAAAUUAAUAAAAAUCUCAAAGUUA